CCUGACACUCACUGCCGGCGUCCCCCUCGCACAGCCGCCGCUGGCUGCGUCCCUCUGCUGCCCUCGGAGCCACUCGGGGUGCCCCGUUCUCAUCCCUGUCCCCAUCGCGCUGGUGCCCACCGAGGGCCGAUGUGGCUCAGCCCGGCCGUGCUGCCGCCGCGGAGCGGGCGCUGAGCCGGGCGCGGUGCUGCCGGCCGCGCUCCCCUCCCGCUCUGGGACACCUCAGCUGGGGCCAUGUCCCCCGCAGACACCACGCCGAGCGCCACAGGGACGGCUCUUCCCACCCUGCGCUGGCACCCAUGUGGAUUCUGAGCCCGCACGCCCUCAAGGUUUGGAGCCGGCGCUGAGUGGAGGGAUGGGCAGUGCCAGCCCCGGGCUGACCACUCUGCCCCCCGGCCGCCUCGCCUGGCCGGACCCGACGCUGCUGCCACCCCCGCGGGACCCCGACCCCCGGGGCUGGGGCUGCCCGGAGAGCCCCAGCCCCCCCAGCACCCCCGAGCAGCCUCUGCCAGCCUUCUGCCUGCACUACUUCGACAUGCUCUACCCGGAGGACACGGCCUGGGCUACCAAGGGCGCCGGGGAACCGUCCCACAGCGGCGCCCAGGGCGGGCGGGAGGAGGCGCGGAAGGAGCCGGAGCAAUGUCCCAUCAUCGACAGCCAGGGCCUGGGGCUGGGGCCCGAGGGGGACCUGCAGGGCAGCCUGCCCCUGGAGGAGCACUCGCUGGAGCAGGUGCAGAGCAUGGUGGUGGGCGAGGUGCUGAAGGACAUCGAGACAGCCUGCAAGCUCCUCAACAUCGCCGCAGACCCGACGGACUGGAGCCCCGGGAAUGUGCAGAAGUGGAUCCUGUGGACGGAGCACCAGUACCGGCUGCCGCAGAUCGGGAAGUCCUUCCAGGAGCUGUCGGGAAAGGACCUGUGUGCCAUGUCCGAGGAGCAGUUCUGCCAGCGCUCGCCCGCCUGCGGCGACAUCCUGCACGCCCACCUCGACAUCUGGAAGUCUGCCGCCUGGAUGAAGGAGAAGGCUGCCCCUGGAGAUGUGAGAUACUGCGGAGGUGACACCAGCUGGGCCGACAGCGAGGUGGACUCGUCCUGCGCCGGCCAACCCAUCCACCUCUGGCAAUUCCUCAAGGAGCUGCUGCUGAAACCGCACAACUACGGGCGCUUCAUCCGCUGGCUCAACAAGGACAAAGGCAUCUUCAAGAUCGAGGACUCGGCGCAGGUGGCCCGGCUGUGGGGCAUCCGCAAGAACCGCCCGGCCAUGAACUACGACAAGCUGAGCCGCUCCAUCCGGCAGUACUACAAGAAAGGGAUCAUCCGGAAGCCCGACAUCUCCCAGCGCCUCGUCUACCAGUUCGUCCACCCGGUCUGAGCGGCGGCGGGACAGGCUGAGCCCCUGGAGGGACGGGGGACCUUCGCUGCCUCCCUCUGCCCCAGCCACGGGGACCCUCCGCCAGCACCAAGGACCUGAGCUGCGGUGCGAGGCUUCCCCUGCCAGGACCUGCUGGCAACGGACACAGGGAACCCCUCACCUCCAGCAGGCCCUGGCGCAGGGCAAGGACCGUGCAGAGCCCUUGUCUCCCAUGGGAAGGGUGGGCACGGUGGCUGGGCUUGUCCCCCCUCCUCCUUCUCCCUGCCGGGUUCUGGCUGCAAGUGGCUUCACCCCAGCCAUUGCUCAGGGGGGAAAAAGCCUGGGGCACGAGCUGAGACAGUGGCACCCGCAGGGACAGGAACAUCCACUGCUGCUCACGGUGGGGUCCUGUCCCAAUCCGUGUGGGAGCAGCCUGGCACCCACCAAGGAUGCUGCCUGCCAUGGCAGCUGUGCCACUGGGGACCUUGGGCCCCCCUUGGGACAGGUGCAUCCUCCCUUUUGCUUUUCACUCCAGGACAUGCUCAGCUUCUCCCCUUUGCAGGGAUUUGGUGCUGAAAAUGGGAGUUUUGCAAAGGGGGCAGCAGUAAGCGUGGCUGUGGAGCCGUGCACAGUGGGGGUCCCCCAAGCUGGGUCCCCAUCCUCGUGCACAGGGCCACCAGAGUCCUCCCAAGACCCCAGGUUCUGUGCCCUGGCACAGAGCUCUUCCCUUGACUGGGAUUUUACUUGGACUGCCUGAUUCUGGAGUUUGUGGAAAUGGAGAUGGCAGCUUUGCCAUUUCCCUCUGGAGAGUGUGAUCUGCCGAGGCUGGACUAGGGCAGAGAGCUGGGAAUUGCUUCACCUGCUCGUUGCACCAGAGUCAGAGUUACCUGGCAAUGUUGAUCUUUUAUAUUAUAGGUUUUUUAUCUGUUUAUUUGCUUUUUGGUUUUGGCUGGCGAUGAGUUGUGGUUUAGGUUCAAAUGUCGAGGGGUGGCCCGGGCUGCCAGGGAUGUUCUGUGGGAGCUUAGAAGGAAAAACACCUGGUUCUUGGUCUUUUGAUUUUUUUUCCUUAAAAAAGCUGCCGGUGCCAGCUACUGCCUUUCCCUUCUGUUCCUGUUCCGUGCUGCUCCCACAGCAGCAGAUCCGGACAGCCCUGCUCACACCCUGGCAGGAGGGAUGGAGGGUGGUGAGGAGCAGGGGAAGGAGGAAAACUGCCCUGGCCUUUGGAAAAGGGGGUGGAAGAACAAAAAAAUGGGGUGGAAGAACAAAAAAUGGGGGGAAAGAAAAAAAAAAAGCAAAGUGUGUCCUGUGAUUUGCUGUGCGCCCAACGCAGCCAGUGCAGGGGCACUGUGAGGAUGGGCCAGGGGUGCUGGUGGUACCCCAGAUCUCGUGUCCCCCUCACAGGUCUCUGGCAGGGUGGGGGAGGGCAGGACAUCAGCCUGCUGUGCAGGGCCUCUCACAGGCUCAGGAGAGCGCUGGGUCAGGGCUGGUGCUUGGAAUGGCCCCAAACCCCGCGGCACCUCGAGCCCGUCCGUGGGUUUCCCAAGGCUUUGUCUGGCAGUGGCACAGGAGUCCCCAGAGGCAGUGGCUGUUCCCCCUGCCCUGCAGCCCCCUGGUCCCCCCAGCAAUGCAUCCGAGUCCCGCAUCCAACUGCAUCCCAAACCUUGGGGUGGGGGUGUCACUA